GUAUUGUAUUCUAGGAUUCUGCAGUCUAGUUUCUACAUUUACUGAAAGUUGACCGUACGGCUGCUGCCUGUAACAAACUGGGCGCUGAGGAAGAAUAAGUUGAUGAAAUAAAUAAUGAAAGCUGCAGUUGUCAUAUUUUAAUGUCAUUCCUUCCGUGAAACUAUAGAUAGAUAGAUAGACUGUGAAAACUAGAGGAUAACAAGGUAAACUAGUUAAACCAGGAGAACCAGGAGAACCAAGAGAACUUGGAGAACCAGGAGAUCCAGGAGAACUAUAGGAGAACCAAGAGAACUAGGAAAACUAUAGAAGAACUUGGAGAACUAGGAAAAUUAUAGGAGAACCAAGAAAACUAGGAGACCUAGAGGAGAACUAGAAGAACCAGGAAAACCAGGAAAUAUACAAGAGAACAAGAAGAACGAGGUGAACCAGGAGAACUAAAGGAGAACUCGGAGAACCAGGAAACCUAGAGGAGAACAAAGAGAAACAAGAGAACUAGAGUAGAACUAGGAGAACUAUAAGAACGAGGAGAACCAGGAGAACUAGAGGGAAUUUUAAAGAACUGUUAGCAAAAUGAAAAAGGCAUUUUCUUGACUAAGUUCAUUUAUAUUUUCCAGACAGUUUUGUGUUUCUGAAAUGGCAUCAGCUGUUGUUCUACCGAUGUCAAGAGAAGUAAAGAAUCUUGUUCCUGAACAUUCUUCCUCUACUCUUCUAGAACUUCAACUUAGAAGAAGAGAUAGAAGGAAUAAACACUUUCUUCUGAACGUGUCCGGAUCCGGUUCAGGUUCAGGUUCAGGUUUAGCUCAGGGCUCAGCAAGUUCAGAGGCUGACUUGUCACCAGUACAAAAUCCAGCUCCCUCUCCAUCUACUCCUCCUGCUCCCAAAACUGGAUUGGAACUUAGCGCAGAACUGGAGCAGUGGAUCAAACAGAUGGAAAACUGGGAUUCAAGGGAACUCAGAUGUAAUGAUCUAAGCGGACGGUGCACGAUGUCUAGUUUGAUAUCUAAAGAUGCUCCAACAAUAGAACCGUAUCCAUCCUUAGAUAAACUGGCCUUCACAUAUCAGGGAGGUCGAGAUAAAGAAAGAAAAUUCCAUGGGCGAGGUAGCCUGGAAUUUGAUAACGGUUGUAGUAUGUCGGGAGAAUGGAAGAAUGGAGAACGAGAAGGAAAAUUCAGGAUGGACGCAGAUGAUAAAACCCAGGUCUGUUUCCUCGAGUGCUUCUAUGUCAAGAAUAAAAUUCAAGGAAAAGUUUGUUUACAAUUCAGUACAGGAGUCUGGGUUUCAGGGUACGCCAAGGACAGUGUACUGCAUGGUUUCUGUAAAUACUAUUCACCAGACAAAAAGCUGACCCAUGCCGGAAUGACAAGGAAUGGAAAAUUGUUCGGAACCUGUUGGAAAUUUUUGCCAGGUGGAGGUUUGGUGGUCGGUAGAGUUGAUUCUGAAGGAGAAUUUUCCGGACCUAAUAUUGCAUAUAUUUACCCAGAUUUCAGCACUGGUCUUCUGGGAGUAUUCAAGGAAGGAGAUAUGGUGACAGCACAGGCGGUCACAUUACAGGAUUUACGGACCGAGUAUAAUUGUAUAAAAGUUCCAGUUUUUUCAACACCUAAAGAAGACAUUUUCAGACUUGAGAAAUCUACAACUACUUGGCUUACCGAGAAUACGAUGUUAGAGGAUCCCUAUGAGAAGUUGACAGUUUAUGUGAAGACCUCGAAUACACCAGGGGCGUCUGAUGGACUCUUUGCUGCAAGAGACCUGAAAUGUAAUACGAUUGCUGCUUUCUACAAUGGGAUCCGGAAACAGAGACCGCCUGACAGCGCCUCCACGUGGCAGGAUCAGGACAAUGCAUACAAAAUAUUUGACCCAACCAACAAAACUGGUGUCAUAGAUAUUCUUCCUAAACAUCAGGUAUAA